GUGCAUAAACAUGGGUGAUGAGAGUGUUGCUGCUUCGCCUCAUUUUGGUUUGAUAUCUGAAGAGGACCAUCUCUGGUUCAGUUUCCUUGAACUAGAAGCCGCUUAUACUCAUAGUGUUCUGGACGAUCCUUCUGUUACGUUCUUUCCCCUCUUUUUUUUUUCUAUCAUAACUACUUAUCAAAUGACAAUUUUUCAUGUCUUGAGCAGAUAUCACAGUGUGUGGAGACACCGCCUCAAAUCCAAAAUCAAAACCAAGUGGUCGCAGCAGAAAUGGGAUGCGAAGGUGAAUACGGUAGUGAAGCGCACCGAGCAGCCUCGCUGAGUAGGUUCCGUCAAAAGAGAAAACGACGAUGUUUUGCUAAUAAAAUAAGAUACAAGACACGCCAAGAAGCUACUCUCAGGGUACAUCGUAGUAAGAGCCAGUUUAUUUUAUCCAAAAUCCAUGAGUCAGAGCAAGAUGUCUUUCAAUCAGAGAUAUUAUGCUGUAACUGUGGCAUUAGCUCAAAAUGCACUCCUAUGAUGCGGCGAGGGCCAUCUGGGCCAGCCUCACUUUGCAACGCUUGUGGCCUGUCUUGGGCAAACAGGGUAUGAUUGGCAAAUUCUUUCUAUAUAUCUCUUUUUCUU